UCUGAAACUCGCAAUUGUCGAAAUACAACUUGGUAGUUCGUUAUCGUUCAGACUGCAGCCAAUCAGGUUCAGUGUCAACGCGAGUCAUGCUGAGAACCUGGCAGUCCGCCACAUCGUGCCUAUGGCGACGUCGGCUCCACAAGCAAGUCAGUUACCGGCGAGACAGGAAAGUGCGUGAAAUAUUGCCUCCUCUGCCAGGUGGACGAGGCAGUAAGCUGACGAUCCAAGUAGUCUGACGAUCUAAGUAGUCCUUCAGUGUACUUACUAAGUAGUACAAUACCGCGUAACACGCCUUGACUUAGGCAUCGCUCUCCUCUCGCGUGCGGCGCGGCGUAUUAGAUCCCUCCACCCCCCUCUCCUUGCGCUGCGAUUUCAUCCUCGACUCCCAGUGCGCACCGCAGGAAGCCAUGAAGCCACGAGAUGGCGCAUAAUGCGGGUCGUGUCAGUAGAGGCAGAGCGCACCUGGCGCUGCAGUUUUAACCGUCUCAGCAAAUCGUAGCAAACUGUUUCAUCGCGCAUCAGGGCACCGUAGAUUCUAUACCGUAGGUUUGGCAACCUCUCACGUGUGGCCGUUGAUAGAGGAGCACCACACUCGAGCUGCCAUGCGGUGGCUAUGCAGCAGACGCGGCAGCAGUUUAGCCUUACAAUGUACUGUGUUGACGUGGAGCGUUCUCAUUGGCCUAGCACUGUCGUGCGAUCCGUUCGACGGCAAGUGGGUGGCGGACUCGUCGCGGCCGCCCUACGACGAGAGCUGCCCCUUCCUCUUUCAGUUCUCCCGGUGUCGCGGCAACGGGCGGCCGGACGGCGGGUUCGUGCGGUACUCGUGGUACUCCAACAGCUGCGGGCGCACGCUCCGAUUCAACUCCAACACCAUCUCGGCGUUUCUGAACAUGAUCAAGGGCAAGACCAUCGCCGUCAUCGGCGACUCGCUCACCGCCGCCAACUUCGUGCCGUCGCUGCUGUGCCAGAUCAACGCCGUAACAACCGUCAAGAACGGGUCGCGGAGGACGUUAGACGGCGGCAGCGGCGCCAAAUACAUGCCAGCCAUGGUGGCGUUCUACUACGACAUCCCCGACUAUGAUGCGCGCAUCGUCAGCAUCUGGGACGACUACCUCAUGCGCACGUCCGUGGACAAGGCCAUGCUGUCGAAGCUGGCCAUCGGCUUCACGCCCGGCCCCGACGACGCCAUAAUCGAUCUGGAGACGGUGAACCCGCAGUGGGGCGACGUGGUGGGCGAGUGGCACGCCGUGGUGCUGGAGACCACCACGCACUGGCGCGUCGUGCCGGACGCGCCCCGGCUGAUCUUCACGAAUGACCAAUGGCAGACGCUCAAUGGCGUCGACCCGUACAUGGCGCACGCCCGCGCGCUGCGCAGCAUCGCCAACUUCUUUGAGGCGCGGCGCAAGGCGGGCAAGGCGCUCCCCGUGCCGUUCUUCAUGACGGCGCCGCCGCAGCACAGCGCCAAGAAGAUCGGCGGCAGCGGCGUGUGCGGCUCCAAGGCGCCCGUGCUGGGCGAGAAAGACAUCGAGAAGAUGCUGCGGACCAACGUGCAGAUGUCGCGCUACUGGCCCAUGCAGCGCGCCGCCUUCCCAUCGGGAUCCGUUGUGAGGCGCUUCGACAUCACGAUGGUCAGUGCGUACCGGCCCGAGGCGCACUGCGGGAUAUACUCGAGGAAGAACAACCCGGUGAAGUCGCUGGACUGCCUGCACUGGUGCCAGCCGGGCGUGCCGGACAUCUGGGUGGACCUCUUCCAAGAAAUGCUGCUGGACGAGCCGCUCCUCACCGGCACCACCAAAGCCCCCACCACCGCCUCCAGCAAACCCACCUCCAAACCCAAACCCAAAACAAAACCCAAGCCCAAGAGCCCUAAACCAUCCCCAUCGCCGUCCAAGCCCAAGCCGUCCCCACCGCCAUCGCCACCGCCGCCCAAGCCAUCCCCAUCGCCACCCCCGUACGUGCCGGAGGACCCCACCAAGCCAAACCACUUCAAGCGCAAGCCCGGCACAUGAGGGGGAGGACGGGGCGCUCAAUGCUCACAUGGCUUGUGCAUAGCGCGGGGAUGAGCCACCCGAGGGGCGAUUUCUGAAAAUGCAGCGGUGGAGGAACGGGGUGGCCAUGGUGCAUGGCAGAGCAGAGGUGGCUUUUCUAGCUUAUGGGUUAGUUCCCAACCUGGGCCGUCACAAGCACAUCCCCCUUGUGCUACGGGCCUUCUGCAGUGAACGCCCAUGGUUGACCGUACCUGAAAGCGCUAAAGAAAACGUAUAGAUGCAUUUUGAUGUAGCUCACGUUUAUGGCCUUAUGCCUUAUCACCAAUUGUAUUCAUCCAAACUUAGCUAACCUAAAGGCUUGCACGAUCGCUACUUAUC